AUGGGUUCGAUGCUGCCCGAUGUUCCCUUUAGCAAAUCCGAAAGCUGUGGAUGCAGUAAGCGGGGCUGGCAGCGGCCUAGCUACAGAGGCGGGAGGUGCCAGCUGGCCCUGCCAGCCGCUGACCAAGGUCGCUUGGCCGGUUUCCCCUCCGCCUUCCCUCCCACGGUUUUAGGGAGAUCGGUCAGCACCUGCUCCACCGCAGCAGAGUGCCUCGGGAAGCGGCCUGCAGCCCGGGGAUUCCCCGCGGUUCUCCACGCAAGCCCCCGCUACCGACCUGCCCGUCUCUCUUCAGCGAGCGGGGCCUGCCUGCGACGCUGCAAGGGGACCCGCGGGGAGAAACCGCGCCGUGCUGCACUGCGCUGCGCUGUGCCGGCCCGGCCUGCCCGUCCUACCCGGCCCCGUUUCCGGCCAGCACCGUCCACGGCACGGCCGAGCCCGCUGCGGCGCGGCUGGAGGGCGCCGUCUCCAUGGGGACGCGGCAGGCGCGGGGGCUGCCGGGGCACGUGUGAGCUGCGUGUCUGGGGGGGUGCUGCCGUGCCCUAUACGCGGUGGAUCGGGGGCCUGCGGUCGGGUGUGGACGGACGUAAACGGCCUUCAGGGGAGGUGGAGGUGUUCGGGGUGGUGCGGGUGCUUCAGGAGCCCCCGGCGAUGGUGCCCACAGAGCCGCUGCCCUCCUGCCUUUGCCCUGCAGCGGCAGCAGCCCUCAGCACGCCACUGCCGUGAACCUGCACCAGCAUGAAGUGGUGACCAAAGCAUGACUGCAUCAUCACCCAGUCAACUGCCCCUGGAAGGUUAAUGUCUGUGGCAAGAAAAACGAUGUCUUCUCCCUGAAGGGUGGUAAUGCUUUUGUGGGCA